AUCGUCUUUCUUUAUCGCAAUGCGUAAUGGAGUGUUGUUGCGCGUGCGCGACACGACCAUCGAAAUCCCUCCUGCUAGGCCAGUCCUCCCGUUCGGAAUAUCUCGUCUUCAGGUCAGAUAUUUUUCCACCUGAUCAACGUUAGCAUCCAAAUUUGAAAUGGCACCUCCAACUUACGGUGACUUGGGCAAGAACGCUCGCGAUGUAUUUGGGAAGGGGUAUCACUUUGGCCUUCUUAAAUUGGAUGUAAAAACCAAGACUGAGUCUGGCGUUGAAUUCUCAAGUGGGGGUGUGUCCAACCAAGACACAGGCAAAGUCUUUGGCACUUUGGAGACCAAGUACAAGGUGAAGGAAUAUGGUCUAACCUUUACUGAGAAAUGGAACACUGAUAAUACUUUGGGCACUGACAUAAGUUUAGCCGAUAAACUUUUGCAAGGAUUGACGCUGGGAUAUAGCUGUACCUUCUCACCUCAAACAGGAAGCAGAAGUGGCAAAUUCAAGACUUCGUACAAACAAGAGUACGUAUCUGCCAACGCUGAUUUUGAUCUGAGUCUUUCUAGCGGACCGCUUGUCCAUGCAUCUGCAGUCAUUGGACACCAAGGCUGGCUGGCCGGUUACCAAGUUAGCUUCGACUCUCAAAGAAGCAAGAUUUCCAAGAAUAAUCUCGCUCUUGGAUUCACUGCAUCCGACUUUGCUGUACAUACAGCUGUGAAUGAUGGUCGUGAGUUUGGAGGUUCCAUUUACCACAAGGUGAAACCUGGCUUGGAAGGAGCUAUUAACUUGGCUUGGAACUCAAGCGACAAUGCGACGCAAUUUGGACUUGGCGCAAAGUAUGACCUUGAUCGUGAUGCCAGUGUAAGAGCCAAGCUCAACUCUCACCUUCAGAUUGGGUUGGGAUACCAGCAGAAAUUACGCGACGGUGUCACUGUAACAUUGUCGACAAACAUCGAUGGCAAGAACUUCGGCUCUGGUGGCCAUAAGAUCGGCUUUGCUCUGGACCUUGAAGCUUAAGAAAAGUGUGCAAGGGUGGACUGUGUUCCAUUGG